AUGCAGCAGCUGUGUGUCGUCGCUGUCCUGCAUCAGCUGUUUGUGUCGUCGCUUCUGCAUCAGCUGGUGUUCGUCGGCUUCUGCAUCAGCUGUUGUGUCGUCGCUUCUGCAUCAGCUGUUUGUGUCGUCGCUUCGUGCAUCAGCUGUUGUGUCUGCUUCUGCAUCAGGCUGUUGUGUCGUCCGCUUCUGCAUCAGCUGUUGUGUCGUCGCUUCUGCAUCAGCUGUUGUGUCGUGCUUCUGCAUCAGCUGGUCGUCGCUUCUGUCAGCUGUAGUGGUCGCUUCUGCAUCAGCUGUUUGUCGUCGCUUCUGCAUGCAGCUGUUGUGUCGUCGCUUCUGCAUCAGCGUCGUCGCUUCUGCAUCAGCUGUUGUGUGCGUCGCUUCUGCAUCAGCUGUUGUGUCGUCGCUUCUGCAUCAGCUGUUGUGUUCGUCGCUUCCCUGCAUCAGCUUGUUGUGGUCGUCGUUUCUGCAUCAAGCUCGUUGUGUGUCGUCGCUUCUGCAUCAGCUGUUGUGUCGUCGCUUCUGCAUCAGCUGUUGUGUCGUCGCUUCUGCAUCAGCUGCAUCAGCUGUUGGUCGUCGCUUCUGCAUCAGCUGUUGUGUCGUCGCUUUCUGCAAUCAGCUGUUGUGUCGUCGCUUUGCAUCAGCUGUUGUGUCGUCGUGUCGUCGUCGCUUCUCUGCAUCAGCUGUUGUGUCGUCGCUUCUGCAUCAGCUGUUGUGUCGUCGCUUCUGCAUCAGCUGUUGUGUCGUCGCUUCUUGCAUCAUGCAUCAGCUGUGUCGUCGCUUCGCAUUCAGCAUCAGCGUCGUGUCGGCUUCUGCAUCAGCUGUUGUGUCGCGCUCGCAUCAGCUGUUGUGUCGUCGCUUCUGCAUCAGCUGUUGUGUCGUCGCUUCGACAGUAUCCUCUCCAGGGCACGAGCCGGGGCGAGAAUGGCAUGGGAGAUAAGCUGGUAA